AUGUUCGACAAGCAACGCUCUACUAGCUCUACUACUCCUACUACUCCGCCGACGGCCCCGUCAAGUACCACGCCUACCACCCCGCCGCCGCCGACUAUCCACGAGGAUAUCUACACACUUCCCAACCUUCUAACCUUCUCGAGGCUAGUCGCCGCUCCUUUCGUCGGCUACUUUCUGCUCCACGACCAGCAUGCGUGGUCCCUCGGUCUCUUUGUCUACGCUGGUCUUACCGACCUUCUAGACGGCUGGAUAGCGCGACGGUGGAAUAAGAGAACCGUUGUUGGCACGGUCAUUGACCCGAUGGCAGACAAGACCCUCAUGACUAUCAUGACGGUGUGUCUUGCUAUUAAGGGUGGUCUACCAGUCUGGGUUGCUUCCAUCAUCCUCCUUCGCGAUGUCGGCCUAGCCAUUUCCGCCAUCUACUAUCGCUGGAUCUCCCUACCGGAGCCGAAGACGUUUGGCCGCUACUGGGAUUUCUCGUUACCAUCAGCGGAGGUCAGGCCAACUACUAUAAGUAAAUAUAACACUGCUCUACAGUUACUCCUCGUUGGCCUCGCCACGGCGAACCCCGUUCUUCCUGUCGACACGUCGUCAGCGCUAUCAAUACUGCACUACGUUGUGGCGGCAACAACAGUGUGGAGUGGCGCCAGUUACAUCUACACCAAGGAUGCUGUCAAAAUCUUGAACCAGCCGACCAAGGGUAAAACUGGUUAG